GAAGCAAAAGAUUUUGUAAAAUUGGAUACAAAGAAAGAAUAGAGAUCACAUGCACAUAAGCACAUGCAUUCUCCUCGCUCAGAGCGCCCUCUCUGCACAAUAAUUGCUUGUCGCACAAGCCACUAGUAACUUCUCUCAACCGCCUCCGUUUUCCGUCAAUCGUCUUUGCCCCGUAAUGGUACUUCCCAACCCCAACCCUAACAAAGACGAACCGGAAGCCACCAAUGACUUCACCGAAACGCGAAGUUUCAGUGAAGACUUGGACUCAACGUGCUCCACUCCCUACGUCAGCGCUCCUUCAAGUCCCGGCCGUGGACCCGUCACUACUGGCUACUUCUUCAGUGCACCGGCCAGUCCCAUGCAUUUUGUGCUAUCUUCCGCUUCUUCAGCUUCGCGUCGUCCCUCUGAAUCAUCCUUCUUAUCGACUCAGUCUGACUUCGAGUUUGAGUUUUCUUCUCGGUUCUCGAGCAAUGGUUCUGUAGCCGCUGGAUCAAUGAGCUCGGCUGAUGAGCUGUUUUUGAACGGUCAGAUUAGGCCGAUGAAGCUUUCGUCUCACUUGCAGAGACCUCAGAUCUUGGCUCCUCUUAUAGAUCUGGGCGUUGAAGACGAAGAAAUGGAUGAUAAAGAGGCGGAAGAGUCGGUGAAAAGAGGGAGAGAUCUUAAGCUUCGUAGUAGAUCUCUCCACAGGAAGGCCAGAUCUCUGUCGCCUUUAAGACGUCAAGAGUACCAGUGGCACGAAGAGGAUAUUAACGCUGAGAGAGAUAUUAGUGAAAACAUCAUAAAGUUGCAAGAGUAUGUGGAGAGAAAAGAGAGUGAAGCUGUUUCAACUGAAACGACACCUUCAUGUUCUGCUUCUUCCUCAAGGUCUUCAUCUUCGGGUAGGAACUCGAAGAAAUGGAUAUUUUUAAAGGACCUCUUGUAUAGAAGCAAAAGUGAAGGAAGAGGAAAUGGAAAGGAAAAGUUCUGGUCUUCCUUUUCUUUCUCUCCUUCCAAAGACAGGAAACUCACUUCUUCUUCUUUAAUUCUUUCUAAAGAGAUGAACCCUAAUCCUUCUCAUCCUCCUAGUAGUAGCGUUGAGAUGCAAAAGAAUCAAAAGCCGAAGCAGAAGCGAAAUGAGCAAGUUUCCAUUAAGAAAACGGUAAAAGGGAAACUAGCUAACGGGGUAGCCAAACGCAGAGUCCCACCGUCUCCACACGAGUUACAUUACACGGCAAAUAGAGCUCAGGCCGAGGAGCUGAAGAAGCGGACUUUCUUGCCGUACCGGCAAGGGCUGUUUGGUUGCUUAGGGUUUAGUUCGAAAGGAUAUGGUGCGCUCAAUGGACUGGCCAAAUCCCUGAAUCCUGUCUCAUCGAGGUAGAAAUGCUACCGGAUAGACUUUUUAAUUUUUUUGUACAUAAUUUUUGCUUCUCGUAUUAUUAAAUUAUGACUGUGUUUUUAUCGA